CCCCUAAGCCAACUGGACACCCAUUCCACGAACGUCGCCAUCCUAUCCAUCUGCGGUGGCAUCGCGGGAACUAUCCAGAAAUGUGGCGGCUCCCCUGCCUCCACCGUUGGCCAAUCUGGGACCUCGAAGUUCACACUGAACGCCGUGGAUGCGGGCGCGACUAUUAAUAUUAGUAAGGGGCGUUGGGAACGGUGCGUUAAGGCUGCGCAGCUGACCUGUCCGUCGGGGACGUUUCAGAGUACAUGUAUAGGGGGUGCGACGGUGGGGGACGUGGCGUUUAGUCUAACGGAGGCUUAA